AUGGCCUCAACAACAAUCUCCUCCACAAAACCAAACCUAACAACCAACGACUCAGCCGUUCUACAAGCCCUCUUCGACGCCGAAUCCUCGCCCUCAAACGGCAUCACAAUCAAUCCAUCUCUACCCCCCUUCCCAACCCACCUAAACAUCGACCCCAAGCUCCACGAAACCCUCAAACCCGCGAACCAGCUCUCCACCCUGAUAGCAGAACACCCAACCUACCCACCCGCCUACGUGAACAGAGCCCAAGCCCUCCGCAUGCUUAUAUCCACGGACCAAGCGGAAGAAACUGAAACAGAACUCUUCACCCCACAAAACGCAGAGACCGUAUCCUCCCUCCUCUCUGAUUUGGGCGAGGCGAUUGGUCUAGCGACGCCGCGGUCACCGGCGGAUCCUGUUUCGGAGGUCCAGGCGCGUUUACUGGCUGAUGCGCAUACGCACCGCGGGUAUUUGUUGCUGAGGUUGGCGAAGGUGAAGAAGAGUGGUGAAGCGUUUGAGGGGCCAGGGAGAUGGAGCCAGUUAGAUGCGGACAGGUUGGAAGAAAUGGCGAGUCGCGACUUCUUCUUUGGGGGUCGGUUUGGGAAUAAAGUUGCCCAGCAGUUGGCUGUGCAGACGAAUCCUUAUGCGAAGAUGUGUGGGGCUAUUGUAAAGGAAGCAUUAAGGAAGGAGGUUGAGGGGUGA